GUCAUUAAUAGGAUGGAUCUUGAUUCUUGAUUCGGAUUUGCUCUUGGGACACUUUGCUACGGUAUUGUCCCCUUCGGUUGCAUUGUUUGGCCGCGCUUCACGGCCAUUUGCUGGUCUACAAGGAAGCAAUCUGCUUCUCUGAUUCGCUCUUCCAUUGAAAAGAGAACCUUUUAUUAGUUUUGAUUAUUCUGCAAGUUAACAAUUUAAUAAAGAGGAAAGAAAAGUUGCAUCAUGGUUUUAAUCUAAUUGGUUUUAGAGUCAGUUCUCUGCAUUUGAGGCUCUCUUUUUUCUUUCUUUUGGCUUUUUUUUUCCUCCUUUCUCUGUGUUUGUGCUUUUAGAUCUCCAAGGGAAGAAGUUAAGUUAGUUGCAUAAAAGGAACAAUCUGGUCCCCACCCUCAGUUCUUGGAACAUCUUUAUUUCUAUUUUAAGGGGAAUCAUUUUGGUUAUGGUUAAACUAACUUGGAUGAAGUGGACGUUGUGAUUCUUGAGGCUUUUCUUGGUCUUUCUUCUGAUCUGAAAGUAAUUGAUCUUUAGCUUUUCAAGUCUUUUUUUUCCUAGGGGAAGAAAAAUGAAGUUCAUGAAAAUCGGGUCGAAGCCAGAUUCGAUUAAAACUGAUGGGAAUAAUGUCAGGUACGUAGAAAAUGAACUGGCUAGUGACAUUACUGUCAAUGUUGACGGAUCGAGAUUUUGUUUGCAUAAGUUUCCUCUUCUGUCAAAAUGUGCAUGCCUACAAAAGUUGCUCUCAAGCACGGACAAGAACAACGCCUCCGAUGAGGUUGAUAUCUCCGGUAUACCCGGUGGACCAACUGCAUUCGAGACGUGUGCUAAAUUCUGUUACGGUAUGACAGUAACCCUAAGCGCCUACAACGUUGUGGCCACAAGAUGUGCAGCCGAGUACUUAGGGAUGCACGAGACGGUUGAGAAAGGAAACUUGAUCUACAAGAUUGACGUGUUUCUAAACUCGAGCCUCUUCCGUAGCUGGAAAGACUCCAUCAUUGUUCUCCAGACCACUAAAACGUUCUUGCCACUCUCCGAGGACCUCAAAAUGGUUAGCCUUUGCAUCGAUGCCAUAGCGAGUAAGGCCUGCGUCGAUGUAUCCCACGUCGAAUGGUCUUACACGUACAACAGAAAGAAACUGGGUGAAGAAAACAAUGGUGCGGAUCAAGUCAGGGCGGCUCGAGAGGUUCCACACGAUUGGUGGGCCGAGGAUCUGUGUGAGCUUGAGAUUGAGUUAUACAAGAGGGUUAUAAUGAACAUUAAAACCAAAGGUAUACUUGGCGGAGAAGUUAUCGGAGAAGCUUUGAAAGCUUAUGGAUAUAGAAGACUAUCUGGUUUUAACAAAGGUGGGAUGGAACAAGGAGAUUUGGUGAAGCAUAAGACGGUUAUCGAGACACUUGUUUGGUUGCUACCAGCUGAGAAAGACAGCGUGUCUUGCGGUUUCUUGCUUAAACUGUUGAAAGCAGUCACCAUGUUAAACUCCGGAGAGACGGUGAAGGAACAGCUUGUUAGAAGAAUAGGACAGCAGCUAGAACAAGCUUCUGUCUCCGAACUCUUGAUAAAAAAAUCUCAUCAAGAAAGGGAAACACUGUACGAUGUGGACUUAGUGAAGAAGAUAGUUGUUGAGUUCAUGGCAAGAGAUCACAACAACAGUGAGAUAGAGGUUGAAGAUGAUGAUGACGAAGGAUUCGAAGUUAAAGAGAUAAAGAAAAUUCCUGGGAUUUUAUCGGAAGCUUCGAAGCUGAUGGUGGUGAAACUGAUAGAUAGCUACCUUGCUGAGAUUGCUAAAGAUCCAAAUCUUCCUGCAUCUAAAUUCAUUGAUCUUGCUGAGAGUGUUUCUAGCAUCUCCAGGCCUGCACAUGAUGGGCUCUACCGUGCUAUUGACAUGUAUCUUAAGGAACAUGCAGGAAUAACAAAGGGAGACAAGAAAAGGAUGUGCAAGCUGAUGGAUUGCCGGAAACUGUCGGUGGAAGCGUGUAUGCACGCCGUGCAAAACGACAGGCUUCCGUUACGUGUGGUGGUUCAAGUACUCUUCUUUGAGCAAGUGAGAGCGUCUGCUUCGUCUGGAAGCAGCACACCCGAUUUGCCUAAAGGCAUAAGGGAACUACGCAGCUGCGGGACGUAUGGGAGCUCAAGAUCAGUGCCGACAGUUAUGGAAGACGAAUGGGACGCGGUGGCAACUGAGGAGGAAAUGAGAGCAUUGAAGAGCGAGAUAGCGGCGCUAAAGCUGCAGGAAGAGAGUGGACGGAAGAGCGUGGAUAGAGCGGCGGUGACGGCGAUAAGCAGAGUGAAAAGUUUGAUAAUGUCAAAGAAGAUGUUCGGGAAGAAGUUGCAGGGCAAAGGAGGAGGAGGAGAGAAGAGCAGUGGAGUGGGUGGUGGUGGCUCGGAUUCGUCGGAGAGUCUUGGAUCUGUGACUGAAGAGGCGGCUAAAACGGCAACGCCUUCGAGAAACUUGACUAGGAAGGUUUCUGUGUCUUGAUGAGUAAGUUGUUUACAAACAUGUUUGAAAGGUUUUCCUUAGAUUUAUAUGAAUCAACUGUAAUUUUCUUUGACUAUUUUGUUUUGGUCUGUUUGAAAAAGAGAUCCUUUACUAUAAGAGAUGUUAUAUGGUUGCCUAAGA